UCUUAACAACGGCGAGUAUAGAAUGCGGGAGAUCUGAAAAAUGAAAAUGAAAUUGUUUACAAUUUCCCACUCGAACUUUAUCAAAGUUAAUAGCAGGAACAUUGAUUUAAAUAACUUUCUUGGUUAUAUCUGGAAACCAGAAGCUUAUUAUAAGAACCAAAUAUUCAAGGAUGUAUGGACAAAAGAGCGACCAGGACUGUUGCGGCAGUAUGUUGCUGAAGUUGCACUCAAUCAGGCACACCAAGACCCAAAAUCAUAUAAAGCUAUAGAGGUGAGACAAGCAAUGACCCCUGUAUCACCAGUACAGUUGACAUCAGUUAUGAACCCUCCUUCAUCACCAGUACAGGUGACACCAGCAAUGAACCCUAUUUCAUCACCAGUACAGGUGACACCAGUAAUGACUUCAUCAUCACCAGUGCAGAUGACACCAGUAAUGACUUCAUCUUCACCAGUACAGAUGACACCAAUAAUGAACCCUAUUUCAUCACCAGUACAGAUGACACCAGUAAUGAACCCUAUUUCAUCACCAGUACAGAUGACACCAGUAAUGAACCCUAUUUCACCACCAGUACAGGUGACACCAGUAAUGAACCCUACUUCAUCACCAGUACAGAUGACACCAGUAAUGAACCCUACUUCAUCACCAGUACAGAUGACACCAGUAAUGAACCCUACUUCAUCACCAGUACAGAUGACACCAGUAAUGAACCCUACUUCAUCACCAGUACAGAUGACACCAGUAAUGAACCCUACUUCAUCACCAGUACAGAUGACACCAGUAAUGAACCCUACUUCAUCACCAGUACAGAUGACACCAGUAAUGAACCCUACUUCAUCACCAGUACAGAUGACACCAGUAAUGAACCCUACUUCAUCACCAGUACAGAUGACACCAGUAAUGAACCCUACUUCAUCACCAGUACAGAUGACACCAGUAAUGAACCCUACUUCAUCACCAGUACAGAUGACACCAGUAAUGAACCCUACUUCAUCACCAGUACAGAUGACACCAGUAAUGAACCCUACUUCAUCACCAGUACAGAUGUUGCAGGCAAUGACCCAUUCAACAUUAUCACUGUCCCCAUCAAUUCUGGUACCCCACUGGCUGGAAGAACAAACCCCACAAAUAACAUCUCCAGCUGCUUCAAAACAUGUAAAUAGGUCCAUAUGGAGCAUUGAGUCGUCUCGGCUGUCAACAGAAUCAUCUACUUCAUCGGAGAGUACCUCAUCUGGGAGGUUAUCUCUACCAUUUGAAGUUGUGCGACCUGGUAGUCCUUACCCUGACUACCAGAUCAGGAAGUCGUCGAUCCAUACUCCCCACGUCUCAUUCCACAUCCUUGACCCCCGCAUUGUCAUAUUUACCAAAGAAACCAGUGGUGUCUUCAAGGUCCUUGGGAGCGGGGCAUCAGGAAGUGUGUACCACGCCAGGCUCCUGUCGUCUGGACACCAGCUCGCCGUAAAACUAUACCAUCAGGCUGAACUGGUGCCACACUUAAUAGUCAAUGAAGGGAUGAUAAUGGCUCUCCUACAGAACACAGGAGUGGUGCCAAAAUUCUUUGGAGUGCUGCCGGAGCCAGGGGACAUACAAAAAUUCACUCUUGUCCAGGAGUUUUUUGGUGAUGGUAUGACAUUGUAUAAACUCAUUGGGAUGAUGAACAAACAUCAAAUUACUUUGAACGAAAAAGAGACCAUCACCCUAUGUUACAGACUGGUUCAUGCACUUAAGGUAAGUUAUUUAAAUAAUCUACCUGUGAACUAGC